AUGGCUGCUUUGUGCGCUGGGAGCUAUGGAUUGUCACAGCAAGGAAGUCUUAACGACGAGAACAAGGAGUUGAUUUUUGUCAAGCUAACUGAUUCGGCGCUUCGAGCCAUCGAGGAAUUCCAACGCACGCAGGCAAAAUUGGGCACUUCACAUAACCCUUCCAUACAAUUUCUACAGAAUGGACAAGGAUUUUUAUCGUUCCCUUCAGGCGGCAACAAUGUGCAGAAGUUUAACUUCUCCAUUACCGACAUUGACACAGGAUCGAUUGAGUGCAUCCAACAGUCUCAGGGCCAGCUGCAAAAUAUGGGUCGUAUUCCACACAAAAUGCGGAUACACGCGAAUGAUGAUGUCUAUGAAACUACGAGACAUAGGUUAGCGGCCGCGGAGGAAAAUCAAAAAAAUAAAUGUACUAGAGAAAUCAAACCUAAUCAAACAGAUAUUGGGCGCAAAGUGAAGUUAAAAAAUCCAACGAUUCGCAACAUUCCUAGUAGUAAUUCAACAGCAGCAAAUAAACGUGAUUCUAUUUAUAACAACAGUUCUGUGAAUAAGUCAUCCUCCGUAGCAGCAAAUCAGCUAUCAGCUAAUAAUAGUCUUAGUAGUUAUAAUAACCUAGCCACAUCACCAAAACUAGUUAAAAAUAAUGGUCUGCAUCAGUCCCAACAACAACCGCAACAACAAUUGUUGCCGCAACAGCAACCACAACAGCAGCAGCCUCAACAGCAACAGCAACAACAGCAGCAGCAACAGCAGCAGCAGCAGCAACAAAAUCACCUAUCGCAACAGAACACUCAGUUGCCUCCGGUAAAUCCGAAGCCAGGAUAUCAGCACACGGUUCAUGACCCACCGCAUCCACAGCAACAAAAGCAGCACGAGAAUGGCGUUCAGAAUAGGAUAGUUAAUGGUCGAAAGACUGUAAAUCCGGAUUACAUGAAGUGUAACAUAAAAGAACGUCUAAUCCAUAUGUUAGCGUUGAAGCCAUAUAAAAGAGCGGAGUUAGUAGUUAAGUUGCAGCAGGAUGGAGUCCGCAAAGAAGAAAUGAAAUGUACUCAACAAAUAUUAAAAACCAUAUCAAGCUCUCGAGAAGGUGUGCUUAUUCUGCAUCGAAACAUAUGGAACGAAGUGCAGGACGAUUGGCCGUUUUACUCUGAGCAAGAUCGACAAGCUGUUAAGCGAAGGAGACCUCAAAAUUUAACGCCACCCCUUAGUUCAGAUGGAGGCUCCUCUACAUCGGGGCAGAGUCCAUCCAGUAACCAUAACGGUAACAGUCCGCAGUCUGGUAGUAAACGAGCAAUCAUGACCGGUAAUGAUGAAGUUGGUUCCACACCCACAUCCAAAAAGCAACGUAUUAGUCAUUAUAAAAAAGAUACAAGCUCUGACCAUACCAGACGCGGCAUAACUGACUCCAGAGAUAAUAGUAAUAUGAAUCCAAGAUCGAGGGAAAAUGAUGAUCAGAACAGCUACCACGACCAACUUCACCACAACCAUCAACAUCAUCAUCAUCAUCAUUCCAUUCGUUCGUCGCAUUACUACCGACCUAACUUAACGCCAAACGCCCAGGAAACUGAAGAUGGGAUUAGCUUGAGUUAUUCACUCGUAUCAAACGAUGUAGCCAAACGGAUAGAAUCGUCGGUGUGUGAAUCAGAAGCAGAACGGGAACAAUUCGAGACAAGGUAUCUGGACAGUACGCAGCAGAUGAACGGCGCGGGAGAAGAUGAUUUUGUAAAUCAAUUCACCAGAAUAACAACAGUUGAACAACGGCGUAAAUACAAGACUGAGUUUGACAACGAGUAUAAGGAAUAUCGAAGAUUGCAUGAAGUUUUAGAGAAUGCUUCUAGGAAAUUUGCUCAAUAUGAAGAUGAUCUACUACAUGAAACGAAAGACACACAAAGAUAUAAAGAAAUUCAAAUGAAAAUUUUAAAGGAGUAUGACAAAAGUAUUAAAAGCGUUAAAUUUCAAAAAGACAAAGAGCGGUUCAAUUAUCUCCACAAAAAAUUGUCUCAUAUCAAACUUCUAGUUAGAGACUACGAUUCUUCACUAACCAACGGCCCUUGCAGACCACAGGAGAAUUACUGA